GCUUACACGCUUUAACAAAGACUACAGAAGAAAAUUCUUAUCCAGUUGCCGAUUCAAGCAAAAAGGUAACAAGGUUUUCUAUCUUAUUCUUAAACUUAGCCGCUGAUAAAACCAAAGGCCAAAAAGUAGAAAGGUUUGGUUUCACUUCAUCUGCUAAUUCAAG